UAUCGAUAUCCCCGUGCUGGCCAACGUCAUCAACUACGACUUCCCUCCCCAGCCAAAGGUGUUCAUCCACCGAGUCGGUCGCACGGCUCGUGCCGGCCAGAGGGGUUGGGCCUACAGUCUGGUCCGAGAUGUUGACGCUCCCUAUCUGCUCGAUCUACAGCUCUUCCUAGGCAAGAGGCUGGUUCUCGGACAGACAGAAAAGGAUCCGUCCUACAGAGACGACGUCGUCGUCGGAUCUCUGCAGCGAGAUGCCGUUGGCACGCACGUCGAAUGGCUCAACAAGUUCCUACACGAGAAUGAAGACGUCGAGGCCCUGCGAGGCGUCGCCGUCAAGGCCGAGAAGCUAUACAUGAAGACGCGAAACUCGGCCUCGAGCCAGAGCGCGAAGCGCGCGAGAGAGGAGGUGGCGUCCAAGGGCUGGUCGCAGCUGCACCCGCUCUUUGGCAAGGACGUCGACGGCAUGGAAGAAGCGCGCGCCGCCAUGCUGGCCAGGAUCAGCAGCUUCAAGCCCCAGGAGACCAUCUUCGAGGUCGGGCAGGGCGACAAGGCGACGAGCGCCGCGGCGGAAGUCAUGAAGCAGCUCCGCAAGAGGGUCAAGCCGCGCAACAAGCAGGAAGCUGCCGAUGACGAGGAAAUGUCCGGCGUGGACGACGACUAUGGCGGCGCUGCCCAUAACCCCGACGGCGAUGAUGACGACGAGGAUGCAAACAUGCAAGACGACGACGACGACGAAGACGACGGCUACGGCAACGACGAGCUCGAAGUAACAAUCACCAACACGGGCAAGCCCUCCAAAAAGGACAAGGCCCGCACCGACUUCCGCGACAACGACGUCUUCAUGUCCUACACGCCGCGCACCGUCAACGCCGCCGAGGAGCGCGGCUACGGCGUCCACUCGGGCGGCCAGGGCUCCAGCUUCGUCGAGCUCGCCCGCGACGCCACCAUGGACCUGACCAACGACGACACGGCCAAGGCCUUUGGCGCGCCCACGCGCCCGCGCAUGCGCUGGGACGCGAAAGCCAAGAAGUACGUCAACAGCGCAAACGACGAGGACGGCUCCCGCGGCGCAAAGAUGAUUGUCGGCGAGAGCGGCGUCAAGAUCGCGGCCAGCUUCAGCAGCGGCCGCUUCGACAAGUGGAAGCGGGCGAACCGCGUGCACAAGCUGCCGCAGGUGGGCGAGCUGGUCAAGCCUGGUAGCGGGAACG